CGCGCCCCCAACUGAGCGAGGCAUACAUGCUCGGCCAAGAAGUGAAUACAGUUUCCUACAAUUGGGGUCCACUGAUCAGUGAUCCAAAUCGCUCAUCGAGGAUGGUUCAUUAGCCGUUGAAGAUUUUAACCCACGAGCCAUCCACAAUUCCUGUAUCUCGGAUCAUGAGCAGUAGGUUCGACUUACAGAGAGAGUGGGAGGGAGAGAGACAGAGCAUGAAGAUCUUGGUGACCGGCGCAUCCGGUUACGUAGGGAGCAAUCUGUGCCGUGCUCUGCUCAGAGAAGGCCACUCCGUACGGGCGUUCGUACGGCCGACCAGCGACCUGAGCUGGCUCCCUCAUGUCGAGGACGGAGGCCCUCUGGAGCUUGCCUACGGUGACGUCACCGACUACGGUUCCCUGCUCGCUGCCUGCUACGGUUGCCACGUCAUUUUCCACACCGCUGCCCUCGUAGAACCGUGGCUUCCAGACCCUUCCAGAUUCUUCUCCGUCAAUGUGGGAGGCUUAAAAAAUGUCUUGCAAGCUUUUAAAGAGGCAAAGACGCUCCAAAAGAUAAUAUAUACAUCUUCAUUUUUCGCUCUUGGACCUACCGAUGGAUAUGUUGCCGAUGAGAAACAGACUCAUCAUGAAAAGUUCUUUUGCACGGAAUAUGAGAAAUCCAAGGCUGUUGCAGAUAAGAUUGCUCUACAAGGAGCAUCUGAUGGUGUGCCGAUCAUUAUUGUUUACCCAGGAGUUGUUUAUGGUCCUGGAAAGCUUACGGCUGGAAAUGUCGUUGCUCGCAUGAUGAUUGAACGCUUUAAUGGGCGGUUGCCUGGCUAUAUUGGCUAUGGAACCGAUAAGACAUCGUUUAGCCAUGUUGAGGAUGUUGUAAAUGGACACAUAGCAGCAAUGCAUAAAGGGCGAGUGGGAGAAAGGUACCUACUUACUGGAGAAAAUGCAUCUUUUGUGCAUGUUUUCAACAUUGCAGCUAUCAUCACCGGAACAAGAAGGCCUUGGUUUCACAUCCCUUUAUGGGUGGUGGAGGCCUAUGGAUGGAUCUCAGUCCUUUUGGCUCGAAUUACAGGAACGCUUCCUCUAAUCAGUUAUCCAACAGUGAAUGUUCUCCGACAUCAGUGGUCAUACUCUUGUGAAAAGGCGAAAGUAGAGCUGGGAUAUGACCCUAGAAGCCUGAAGGAAGGUCUGGCAGAGAUACUUCCAUGGUUGAAGAGUUUGGGCUUGAUAACAUACUGAAGAAAUAAUGAUUUUACAAUUGCAGUUUAUGUACUGUUACUGCUGCUGCUCUGUGCAAAAGAGUAAUCGGUGGAGUGUUAUUCUCCCUCGGGAAAUUCUCUAGUGCAUCUUCUUCUAUGCAUAACAGACAAUAUGUUUGCGUCUUUUCUU